UCAUUUGGGGUUUGUCCCAAUUAUGCACAUCCCCAAAUUGCACCUUAGAUGUUCCCCAGGAUCUUGGGAAUGGUAUAAAAGCUCUCCCAACCUGGGGCUCUUCACUUCGCCUUCCUCGCUUCAUUCACCUCAGUGAGAAAGCAUCCACUGACCUCCAAUCCCUACAAGAUGUCCUGCUACGACCUGUACCCCUACUCUUCCUGCGGCGCCCUCCGGCCCCAGCCCCUGGCUGACAGCGGGAACGAGCCGUGCGUCCGCCAGUGCCCCGACUCCACCACCGUGAUCCAGCCUCCCCCUGUGGUGGUCACCUUCCCCGGCCCCAUCCUCAGCUCCUUCCCGCAGGAUUCCGUGGUGGGAUCUGCUGGAGCGCCCGUCCUUGCAGCCUCGGGGACCUCCCUGGGCUAUGGGGGUCUCUAUGGCUAUGGGGGUUAUGGAUCCCUGGGCUAUGGGGGUCUCUAUGGAUAUGGGGGUUAUGGACACCUGGGCUACGGGGGUCUGUGGGGCUAUGGGGGUCUGGGGUCCUGUGGGGGGUACCGGGGCCUGUAUGGCUCUGGCAGAGCCUUUGGCUCUGGCUAUUUCAGCCCCUACUCCUGGUACGGCCGCUACGGCCGCGGCUUCUGGGGCUCCUGCUAAAUCCUCUGGAUGAUGUAGAAGGGCAAAGAAAAAUGCAGAUUUUUCUUCCCUUUAAAUUCUUUCCUGAUACCUCCUUGAGUUCAAUUCCUUGUUAUCUUCUUUAUCACCCCUGUGGCUGACUGCAGUGACAGACUGAAGUGUCUUUCAAGUUCUGCCUGCAUUUACAAUACUGAUGUUACCAUGCUGUUUGUGUUCUUUUCAUUCUCAUUAAAACUGUUGCAUCACUGAAAA